AUGUCGCAAUACCGCAACGAUCAUUACGAGAGGGAGCCCCUCGACUCUUCCUAUAACCACUACGAAUCCCCUUCGCGCCAUCCUGCUCCUCCCGCUCAGAGUUACUCGCCCUCGCAAACCCCCUACUACGACGCCCCUCCUCCAGCGUCCCGUUCCUUCCAUCCCAGCGCCCAUCCCGACUCGGCCUUCAGUCGCAUGCAGCCCCAGGACAACUACAGCGCCCACUCCAACUCCCAGCACUCCCAGCACUCCCAGCACUCCGGCUCUACUGGAUACGAUAGCCCUCGCCGUGCAUCUCCAAACCCACCGCCCCCGCCCCACGGCGACAACGGAUACUACAACAGAGGCAGAGGCGGAGGCGGGGGCGGAGGCGACGGCAGCAACCAAGGGUAUGCACCUCCUCCCACUCACGCCAUUACGCCCGGCUCAGACAACUUUGGCGAGUCUGCGUCUGGUGGAAUGGCUGGAAUUGCGUACAACGUUGCUGACCGUAACCCUCGCAACAGUGGCAUGGAUGCGAUGCACAGCGGUGGGCAAGUGCCUCCGCCUCCCUCCCGCUCUCACUACCCGCCGCCGCCCGUGAACGCCUACGCGCCCCAGUCGAACGGGGGAUAUAGCUACGACGGAGCGUAUGGCAACAGCCCCCAUACUGGAGGGUCGCACUCGAGCUUGGCUGGCCUCGGUGCUGUCCCACACGGCUCCCACUCCCCCCACCGCGCGGACCCCUAUGCCGACGAUCCUUAUCAGGGAUUCAGUUCAAGAAACUCUGCUUCUGCUGCCAAUCUAGGCAUUGUGAAUCCCAAUGACAUUGAGGACGACGGGGAUGAUGGUAUUAGCUACCAUAGGAAUCAGCGAACUUCCAUGUUGAGCCUCCCCCACUCUGACCGAGGGAGACGUGCUGCCGCAGCCGCUGCGGGGGCUGGUGGCGCCGCAGCUGCAGGUAGCCUUCUGUCUGCAGGUCACUCGGCAGGUGGUGACUAUGAUACAGCCGCACCACGCGAGAAGCCAUCCGAGUGGCUGAAGGAGAAUCAGCACAAGAGUAAGAAGUGGAAAUGGGCAAUCAUUAUCAUCGUUUGCCUCAUCAUCGUGGGAGCCAUUGUCGGCGCUGUGGUCGGUAGCUUGCUCAACAACAAGAAGGGAGGCGACGGUGGUAGCUCUAGCAGUAGCUCUGGCGGUGGCUCUGGCGGUGGCUCUGGCGAAUCUGCCAAGGACGACACUGCGAAGAAUGGUGAUCUUGGAGCCAACAGUGCAGAGAUCAAGGCGCUUCUGAACAACGCGGAUCUACACAGGGUGUUCCCCGGCAUGGACUACACCCCUCUCAACACCCAAUACCCCGCCUGCAUUCACAACCCGCCGUCGCAGAACAAUGUCACUCGCGAUGUCGCCGUGCUCAGUCAGUUGACCAACAAGAUCCGCUUAUACGGCACCGAUUGCAACCAAACUCAGAUGCUUCUGCACGCCAUCGAUAAACUGGAGCUCAAGGACACCAAGGUUUGGCUGGGUGUGUGGCAGGACGGUAACGAGACGACCAACGCACGACAACUCGAGCAGAUGUGGGACAUCCUGGCGGAAUACGGCGAGGACCCCUUCGAAGGCGUUAUUGUCGCCAACGAGAUUCUCUUCCGCGAGGAAAUGACCAUUACCCAGCUGGGAACGAUUCUCGAUAAUGUCCGUACCAACUUUACCGCCAAGGGUUACAAGCUCCCCGUUGCUACAUCCGACCUUGGCGAUGACUGGACCGCAGCGCUUGCCGCGGACAGCGACUACAUCAUGGCCAAUAUCCAUCCCUUCUUCGCCGGCGUCACUGCACAGGAAGCGGCUGGCUGGACCUAUUCGUUCUGGGAGAACAACAACAAGCAAUUUUGGAAGUCGGACAAAGAGAAGAACAUCAUCUCCGAGACUGGCUGGCCCACCAGCGGUGGAACCAACUGUGGUGCCGCGACAACCUGCACACAGGGCUCCGUCGCGGGUAUCGAUGAGCUGAACACAUUCAUGGAGGGCUGGGUUUGUGAUGCGCUUACCAAUGGUACCAACUACUUCUGGUUCGAGGCAUUCGACGAGCCCUGGAAGGAGAGAUUCAACACGAAGGGCAAGGCAUGGGAGGACCAGUGGGGUUUGUUGACUGUGGACCGAAAGCUCAAGGACGGCGUCAAGAUCCCCAGCUGUAGCGGCAAAACUGUCUAA